GCAUCACGUUGUUGAAUUACCCCAUCGCUCACUGGCUGUGACCUCGUUCCAGCGAUGGGGACCGGGAUACUGGUCUGCCUCACCGUGGCCUCCCUGCUCGGUCCGACCACGGCGGGCCUCGCCGGCCGCGAGUUCGUCGCCGCCUUCCUGGAGAACCUGCGCUCCAGCUAUGGUCCGGCUCGUCUGGAGCUGCUCAUCACCGCCUGGGAGCCGUCCACCUCGGUCACCGUGUCGCUGGGCGGCUUCAGCUGGCAGCUGGAGCUGGCGGCAGGCCAGGUGGCGACAGUGACGGUGCCGGCAUCCAGCGAGCUGGGGCGGCCGGGGAUCAGCGACCAGACGGUGCUGGUGCUCUCCAACCAUCCGGUCUCCGUCUCCACGUUCAGCCUGAAGCGCUACAUGGUGGACGCCUCCGCCUUGUACCCGGUGCGGUUGCUGGGCACCGACUACCUGGUCUUCACCCCUCCUGCUGGUCCGUCCAAGGAUUUCGCCGUCAGUAACACUGGGCAAGACAACCGGGUGGUCCUAACCCUCACCCAGCCCGUUACCUUCGAGGGACGGAGGUACGGGAAGGGGGUCGCCAUCCGGCUGACCCUCCGCCCUUAUCAGACCGUCCAGUUCCAACACCGGGGCAACCUGACCGGCUCCCGGGUGCAGUCCGAGCAUCCAGUUGCGGUGACCGCCGGUCACUCCUGCAGCAAGGCGUUCUGGAGCCGCUGCAACCACGUGUACGAGCAGCUGCCGCCGGUCAGCAGCUGGGGAGAUGCUUUCGUGGUGCCUCCCAGCACCGUGCAUUCCCGCCAGGACACGGUCUACGUCCUGACCUCCCAGGACACCGAGCUGAGUCUGAGUGGCAGCGACCGCAGGAUCAAAGUAUCCGGAGUCCAGCUGCUCACUUUCAGCGUGUCCCGGGACCAGCCCCUGUCUCUGACCAGUACCAGGGGCGUCCUGGUUCUGUACUACUCCCCCGGCGACCGGCACCGAGGCACCAAUUACAACCCUUAUUUGAUGACCGUGAAGCCCAACCGGGACUUCGCCUCCAUCUACGUCGUCCGAGGGCUGGCCGGCUUCGACAACCACCUCAGUGUGGUGGCCCGGACCUCCGAGCUGUCCUUUCUGAGGCUAGACGGCCGCCCGUUGCUGGCCGGUACCAAGUGGCGCCCGGUGCCAGACUCCGGCUACUCCUGGGCCGACCUGCAGACCGGGAAUGGGCAGGAAACGCACGUCGUGAGCGGACAGAACGGCGCCCGCCUCGGGGUCUACCAGUACGGAGUGGCCAGACGGGACGGGUACGGGUAUCAGGGGAGCACGGCCGGAGGAGGAGACAACGACCUCGUGGACCCGUGCUCCAAGGUUCGAUGUAGAUCGAAGGAGCGAUGUUCGGUGCAGGACGGGGAGCCAGUGUGUGUGCCGGAGUCCAGUGCUCUCUGCUGGGCAUGGGGUGACCCCCACUACCACACCUUCGACGGGGUGAACUUCGACUUCCAGGGCACCUGCACCUACACCAUUGCCAAGACCUGCGGCAAGAACACCUCGCUGUCCUCCUUCAGCGUCCGGGCCAAGAACGACAACCGUGGCAACACCCAAGUGGCGUACGUCAAGUUGGUCACCAUUGAUGUCUACGGCACCGAGAUCACCCUGAGGAAGUUUGAGUACAGCCUCGUCUGGGUCAACGGGAUCAAGACCCACCUGCCCCUCAGCCUCCAGGGAGGCCGGGUCACCCUGUUCCAGAGCGGGGCGUCCGCGGUCUUGGAGACGGACUUCCAUCUGAGGGUGUCCUACGACUGGGACCACCACCUGGUGGUGACCGCCAGCAGCAGCCACUUCGGGACCCUGUGUGGCCUCUGCGGGAACUACAACGGGAAGGCAGACGACGACUUCCGGACCCCGGGUGGCGAGGUGGUGUCCGACGUCCUGGAGUUCGGGAGGAGCUGGAAGGUGCCCGACGGGGACGCCUUCUGCUGGAACGACUGCAAUGGGGCAUGCCCCACCUGCGGAGCCCAGGAGCAGGGGAAGUACAGGGGUCCCGGCUGGUGCGGGCUGCUGGCUCUCACCGCCGGCCCCUUCCGGGGAUGCCUGGCCGGGGUCGACCCCGCGCCCUAUGUCGACAGCUGCGUCUACGACGUCUGCCUCUCUGACGGGGACCGCGCGCUCCUCUGCCGGGCGCUGAAGGUCUACGCCGACGCUUGCCAGGGGGAAGGGAUCGAGGUCGGAGACUGGAGGAAGCCCUCCGGAUGCCCCCUGACCUGCCCAGACAACAGCCACUACGAGGCGUGCGGCAGUGCCUGCCCACCGAGCUGCGCCCAGCCCUCCGGGGACCCCACCUGCGGACUGCCCUGCGUGGAGACCUGCGCCUGCAACGCGGGCUACGUGCAGAGCGCGGGCAGGUGCGUGGAGAGGUCCCGCUGCGGCUGCCUCCACGAGGGGCGUUACUAUGAGGCGGGGGAGACCUUCCUGGAGGGCGAGGACUGCCAGCAAAGGUGCCGCUGCGACCCGCUCACAAAGAAGAUCGCCUGUGCCCAGCACCGGUGCGGGGUCAGGGAGAGGUGCCAGGUCUGGCAGGGCGCCAGAGCCUGUCACCCGGCGGGCUACGGGACCUGCUCGGCAUCCGGGGACCCCCACUACAUCACCUUCGACGGGGUCCGCUUCGACUUCCAGGGGACCUGCGUCUACACCUUGGCCGCGCUGUGCGCCAACGGCACGGGGCUGCCGCCCUUCACGGUACAGGUGCAGAACGAGAACCGGGGAAGCAACCAGAAGGUGUCCUACACCAGGAUGGUGAGGGUCACCGUCUACGGGCAGACCCUCGUCGUGUCCCGGGAGCAGGCUGGCAGAGUGCUGGUCGACGACGUCCUCGUGAACCUGCCCUACCACAACGCUGCGGGGACGCUGCACGUGCGCGGGACGGUGCAAGGCGCGUCCCUGGAGACGGACUUCGGCCUGCGCGUGACCUACAACUGGCACAGCCGGGCGACCGUGCGCCUGCCCACCACCUACGCGGGCUCGGUCUGCGGCCUGUGCGGUGAUUUCAACGGCGACCCGAAGGACGACCUGCCGGCUGGGGGUCCGCGCGAGCUGGGGGAGCGCUGGCGGGUGGCCGUCACGCCGGGCUGCGUGGGGGACUGCGGGGCAGACUGCGGAGCCUGCGACGCCAAGUCCAGGCAGCGCUUCGGGGGCCCGCAUUUCUGCGGGCUGCUGCUGGAGGAACGCGGACCUUUCCGCGACUGCAGGAAGCGGCUGGACCCCCGCGGUUACUUUGAGGACUGCGUUUUCGACACCUGUCAGUACAAGGGACACCAGACUGCGCUUUGCCAGGCCGUGGAGAGCUACGUAGCUGCAUGCCAGGAGGCAGGGCUCACCGUACACCCCUGGCGCAACGCAACCUUCUGUCCCCCCAGCUGCCCCCCCCACAGCCACUACGAGACGUGCGGCCCCCCCUGCCCGCCGACUUGCGGCGCGGAGCCCGGCGAGUGCGACCGGCCCUGCGCCGAGGGCUGCCAGUGCGACGGGGGCCGGGUGUGGUCGGGCUCGGGCCCCGGCGCCAGCUGCGUGGCGCCCUCGGCCUGCGGCUGCUCGGUGCCCGGCUCCGGCCUGUACCUGAGGCCCGGGCAGCAGGCCUGGCUGGGCGCCGACCGCUGCCGCAGCUGCCUGUGCCGGGCGGGCGGGGCGCUGGACUGCAGCCUGCUCCCGGGCCCGGUCCCGGGCCUGGAUCGGGGUCUGGUCACAGGCCUCGUCCAAGAGCUGGUCCACAGCCUAGUCCCGGGCCUGGUCCCGGUCCCGGUCCCGGUCCCGGCGGGAGGAGCCGCCUGCCAGCCCCCGGCCCCCGGCCACUGCCAAGCAGCCGGACACCCCCACUACCUCACGCUGGACGGACGGGCCUUCGACUUCCAGGGGAGCUGCGCCUACCUGCUGGCCGGGGCUGCGGGCGAUUCCUCCCACCCAGUCGCCCCUUUCUCCGUCACCGUGGUCCACCGGCCGUCCGGCAGCAGGGGGCGGGGGGCAGUUGGCGCCGUCGCCGUGGAGCUGAUGGUGGGCGGCCGGAGACUGCUGCUGGAGCGGGGUGGCCGCAGCAGUGUCAAGGUGGACGGAGUGCUGGCCCACACCCCACUGAUCUUGGACGGGGGGGCGGUGCGGGUGUACCCCCACGGUCACCGGGCGGUGAUGGAGACGGACUUCGGGCUGGCUGUCAGCUACGACCUGGCGUCCCGGGUUACGGUCACCGUUCCCGGCGAGUACCGGGGUCUCACCCGGGGGCUGUGCGGCGACUUCAACGGGGAGCCAGCCAACGACUUCCGGACGCCGGAGGGGAAGCCUGCGCCGAACGCCGACUCCUUCGGCCGCAGCUGGGUGGUCAAGCGGCUGGCACCCACCGGCUGCCAACACGGCUGUGGGCGGCAGUGCCCGGAGUGCCCUCAGGAACGGCUGUCUGUCCUGAAGGGGGGAGACUACUGCGGGAUCCUGACCUCGGACGAGGGUCCGCUGAGCGCCUGCCACGCCGUGCUCCCGCCAGCUCGCUUCUUCACCGACUGCCUCUACGACACCUGCCUGUCCGAGGGGGACCUCGCCGCCGUCUGCGAGAGCGUCCAGGCCUACGCCACCGCCUGUCAGGCGCUCAACGUCACCCUCAAGCCCUGGAGGACAAAAUCCUUCUGCCCCAUGAAGUGCCCGGUCCACAGUCACUACGAGUCGUGUGCCGACACCUGUCGCUCUACGUGCGCCGGCCUCACCGAGCAGUCGCCGUGCCCGGCCUUCUGCUCCGAAGGGUGUGAGUGCGACCCGGGUUUCCUCUCCGACGGAGACCGCUGCGUCCCCGUCGACCGGUGUGGCUGCCUCGGGAACGGGCGGUACUACCAGCUGGGGGAGACGGUGGUCCAGGAGGGCUGCACCCAGCGCUGCUCCUGCAGCCAGACCGGACUGGUCUGCGAAGCGAUCUCGUGUGCGGCGGACGAGCACUGCGUGGUCAAGGACGGACUACUGGACUGCUACAACAAGGAUCCGUGCAAAGCCGCCCGGUGCCGUGAGAAGGAAGUCUGCAGGGUGCAGGAGGGUGUGGCGAAGUGCGUGCCUCAGUACACCAAGAAGUGCUGGGCCUGGGGCGAUCCCCACUACCACACCCUGGACGGCCUGAACUACGAUUUCCAGGGGACCUGCACCUACGUGGUGGCAGAGUCGUGCGGGACGGACACCACCCUCCCUUCCUUCAAGGUGACGGCCAAGAACGACGUCAGGGGCAACACUGCCGUCUCCUACGUCAAGCUGGUGCACGUGGACGUUUAUGGCUACAGGAUCUCCAUCCGCAAGAUGGAGAUGGGACUCGUCAGGAUAAACGACAUGAAGACCCGCCUCCCCGUGACGCUGGAAGAGGGGAAGCUGCGCCUUUUCCAGCGAGGAUCCUUCGCCGUGUUGGAGACCGACUUCGGCCUGGAGGUGUCCUACGAGUGGAAUUGGUACCUCACCGUCACCCUCACGAGCAGCCACUUCCGCAGCGUGUGCGGCCUCUGCGGCAACUUCAACGGAGUGAAGGAAGACGACGUGACUUUCCCCAACGGCACCAGGGCUCCAUCGACGGUGGAGUGGGCCAGGAGUUGGAAGGUGCCAGACCACGACCCGUUCUGUUGGGACUACUGCCGGGGUUACUGCCCCACCUGUUCUGACGCCGACCGGGCGCUCUACGGCGGGCCGCAGUUCUGCGGGAUGCUGGAGGAGGUCUUCAAGGGGUGCCACCCCAAGGUGGAUCACAGGCCGUUCGUCGACAGCUGCAUCUACGACGUCUGCCUCAACCAGGGGUCCAGGAAGCUGUUGUGUCAAGCGCUGGAGGCGUAUGCGUCCGAGUGUCAGAAGGGAGGAGUCACGGUGAAGGGCUGGAGGGCAAAAACUUCCUGUCCCCUGGAAUGCCCCCCCCACAGCCACUACAGCGAGUGCGCCCGCGCCUGCCCGCCCAGCUGCGUGGACCCGGAGGGGACGGCCCCCUGCCCGGGACCGUGCGCCGAGGCCUGCGUCUGCGACCGGGGCCACGUCCUGCAGGAGGGGGAGUGCCGCCCGGCGCAGACCGCCUGCGGCUGCAUGUACGCCGGCCUCCAGUACCGUCCCGGCGAGGUGUUCUGGCCCGAGGAAGGGUGCCGCCUGCGCUGCGAGUGCCAGGGACGGCUGCGGAUGGCGGUGUGCCGGGAGGGAGCCUGCGGACCCGGGGAGACGUGCGGCCUGUCCGGCGGGGCGCGGGGCUGCGUGCCGGCCACGUAUGCCACCUGCGCGGCCCGCGGGGACCCACACUACACCACCUUCGACGGGGCGCGCUUUGACUUCAUGGGCACCUGCGUGUACCAGCUGUCGGGGCUGUGCGAGGGGGGGGCCAGAGGAGACGCCCGCACCAUCCGACGCCUGGGGCUCGACCCCUUCGAGGUCCUAGUAGAGAACCACCGGCGAGGCAGCCUCACUGUCUCCUACACCCAGGCGGUCACCCUGGUGCUCAACGGCACCUCGCUCGCCAUGAGCGUGGAGUUCCCCUGGCGCGUCCUGGUGGACGGCGUACAGCGUGCGAUCCCCAUGCGCAUGGACGACGGGCGGGCCGCCGUGCUGAGGAAGGGCCGGGCCGGGGAGAUCUGGACGGACUUCGGCCUGACGCUGACCUUCGACUGGAUCAGCCAGGUGACCCUCACCCUGCCCAGCACCUACGCCGGCUCCGUCUGCGGCCUGUGCGGCGACUACGACGGCAACGCGAGGGACGACCUGCGCCUGCCCAGCGGACAGGUGGCCCAGAGCGUGGAGGCCUUCGGCGAGGCCUGGAAGGUGUCGGACGUCCCGGGCUGCGUCUCGGGCUGCGGCGGGGCCUGUCCACUGUGCAGCGCAGACGACCAGCGCGUGUACGGCGCCCCGGCCCACUGCGGCAGGUUGACGGCCCGGGACGGGCCCUUCCGAGACUGUCACAGCAAGGUGGACCCCCAGCCCUUCUUUCAGGACUGCCUGUACGACAUCUGCCUGUACCGGGGCCGCCGGUCGGUGCUCUGUGAGGCCCUGGGGCAGUACAUGGCCGCCUGUCAGUCGGCAGGGGCCACGGUGCACCCCUGGAGGAGCAGCGACUUCUGUGAGCUCCCGUGCCCGCGGAACUCCCACUACACCCUGUGCGGACCGCCCUGCCCCGACUCCUGCUCCGGACUGGAGGGCAGUGCCGAGUGCUCGGGACCCUGCCUGGAGAGCUGCCAGUGCGACGGCGGGCACAUCCUGAGCGGGGGCCAGUGUGUGCCCCUCUCCCAGUGCGGCUGCCUCCACCAGGGUUCCUACCUGUCCCGGGGAGAGGUCUUCUACCAGGGGUCCGGGUGCCAAGAGAGGUGCAAGUGCCAGGGAGACGGCCAGGUGACGUGCCGGGGUCACUCCUGCCGGGACGGGGAGCACUGCCGGCUGCAGAACGGGGUCCGGGGCUGCUUCCUGGAGGAGGUGGCCAAGUGCUUGGUCUCGGGAGACUCCCACUACACUGACUACACCGGGCGGCGGUUCGACUUCCAGGGUGCCUGCGCCUACGUCCUCAGCAGGGCCACUGGGACCCCCGGGGGUCCGGCCCCCUUCCAGGUGGUGGUAGAGAACCGGCCCUGGGGCAACGGGAAGGUGUCCGUCACCCGCCAGGUCUCGGCCAACGUGUCCGGGCACCAGUUCGUGCUGGAGUCGGGCGUCAGGGGGAAGGUGAAGGUGGACGGGGAGUGGUACAAUGUGCCCUUCGAGCUGGUCGGCGGGGAGGAGGAGGAGGUGUGGGGGUCGCUGGAGGGCACCAGGACGGUGCUGCAGACGUCCUUUGGGCUGGAGGUGUCGUACGACGGGGUGUACCAGGCCGAGGUGAGGGUGCCCAGCACCUACCGGGGACGGCUGGGAGGCCUGUGCGGAGACUACGCCCGGCAGAGGCACGAGGACUUCGUCCUGCCCGGGGGCGGGGUCACCCGCAACGUGUCAGAGUUCGGGACGGCCUGGCGGGUUCCGGGAGGGGCCCCCGGCUGCGACAGCGACUGCGGCCCCUCCUGCUCCCCCUGCCCGGCUGGACUGUCUGAGCGGCUGGCCGGGUCAGCCCACUGCGGCCGGAUCAAGGAUCCCGCCGGGCCGUUCGCCGCCUGCCUGACCCGGGUGGACCCCGGACCGUUCCUGCAGGACUGCGUCUUCGACCUGUGCGCCGCCCGGGGGGAGCGAGGGACCCUGUGCGAGGCGAUCCGCGCCUACGCCCUGGCCUGUCAGCGGGAGGGCGUCCCGAUCGGGAGCUGGAGGAGCAAAGACUUCUGUCCUCUGCCCUGCCCCGCCAACAGCCACUACCAGCUGUGCGUCGACAGCUGUGGGACCAGUUGUGCCUCGACCGUCACCCCCACCGCCUGCGACCACCGCUGCUCGGAGGGCUGUCAGUGUGACCAAGGGUUCGCCAUGAGCGGCAAUGAGUGCGUCCACGUCGAGUCCUGCGGCUGUAUCCACCAGGGCAGAUAUUUAAAGGCAAACGAGAGCAUCUACACGACGGACUGUGCCAAGGUCUGCACGUGCCACAGUACGGGGACCGUGAUGUGCCAGAAGGCGGGCUGCCGGGCGCCCCAAGUCUGCCUGCUGCGUCAGGGACGGAGGGGCUGCGCCAGGAAGGAAGGGGUCUGCUCCGUCGAGGAGGGCCGUACCCUGACUGGGUUUGAGGGCAGGGUGGGGCCGGUGGAGGCGGCAGGCACCUACGUGCUGGCGACGGUGUCCGACACCUCGUCCGCUGACUGGUUCCGAGUGCUGGCGGACUUCAGGGCCUGCGGCGGGAAAAAGGGUCUGGGGGCAGCCGCCGUCUACGCUUACUUCCAGGGCGCCUUCAUCGUGGUGACGGAGAGCAAGAGCAUCUGGGUCAACGGGCGUCCCCUGAAGGAAGACCAGCUGCCGCUGAGCGUCACCCCCCAGCUCAGCGUCCGCUCGGAGACAGGUGGGGUGGUCCUGGAUCUGGCCGCCAAGGUCCGGCUACACUUCAGGGGAUUCGGAGACCUCGCCCUGACCGUGGACAACAGCCUCAGGGACCAGCUGCAGGGAGCCUGCGGGACCUUCGAGGAGAGCGGAGUCGUCCGGCUGCUGCUGCCCGACGGCGAGGUGGCGGGCAGCGUCCGGCAGUUCCUGCGGGGCUGGUGGGCCGCCGAGUUCUCCGGCUGUGAAACCUCGGCGAAACCUUCUCUCCUCCGCUGACGGGUCGUCCCACCUUGGAGCCCAGACGUCCUCACUUGACACUGAUGAAUGUACCCCCCACUCAUGCCAAGUCCCCCACCCCCCUCGCUCCCUGUGAAGCGACGGACGGGACGAGGGGGCGGACUUGCUCUGCACUUUGAACCAAAUCCAAGACAAUAAAAUUUUCUCUGAGUUCAACAGCA